UUUCUAUUUCUGAACAGGAAAUGCGUGCUUUUAUUGUGAAGAGUUUACCGGAAUCAGUUAUGGUUACUUGAUGUGGACAAAAUUGUAGCUACAAUGUUGACUAUGGGGUUUCAGGACAUGAGUUUGUGUUAAAUCGGGGUCAGACUUAGUUAUAUCAGCAGUUUGAAGAAGCUGCUUAACAGACAGAAAUGUUCUGGACAUUAGUAGCUCAGCGAGGAUCCGGAAGUGUCCUCCGCCUCCGGUCUCUUGUUACAGCUUCCCGGUGUACUCUGCCGCAUUCACGGUCAUUCUCCAGCACCGUCCCCGCGACGUCCACCACACAGAGCGAGGCGAAGCCGCGUCCGGUGCGGCGGUGGUCCCUCUCCGUCAGCCCUUUCGUUAACGUCCGGACACACCUGGACUGCAGCAUCUCCAUCCGUCCUCUCGACCCUCACGCCUUCCCCGAGGCUGACCGAGCCUUCAUCACCGUCCACGGUCCAGACUCCGAGCAGGAGGUCGGUUUGGACGACCUGCACGUCCACUAUGACGAGGAGGUGAAAGAGUUAGUGAUCUCCUCUGAGGGGAUGGACAGCACCGCGUUAGUUGAGAUGGAUGCCCCGAUCAAAAGCAAUCUCUUCAUCACAGCUCGAGGAAAGGGGAACGUGCAAAUCAGAAAGAUGGAGUGUGACAUCUGCAAAGUGGAAACAGAAAAGGGCAACUGUCUGUUGCACUCUAUUAGGGGUCAUGAUGUUGAAGUUCAAUCCCAUGGAGGAAACGUUACAGGCACAAACACAAUCCAUGGAAACGUGGUCAUCAGAACAGAAGGGGAUGGUGAGGUGAGCAUCAAGAAACUCCAGGGCACCACGAUGAACGUUUCCACUGAGUCUGGCUCUCUAAAGGUGAAGGCCAUCUAUGCUGAGUCGAGCUGCGUGUCUUCCUGCUCUGGGAGGGUUGAACUUGGGCACGCUCACGGUAAAACUUUGGUGAAGAACGUCUCUGGAGACACCGUCAUCGAUGGUUCAAAUAGUUUCCUGAAGGUUUCGUCAAACACCGGAGGGAUUGAUGUUUACGUGGGAGAUGGUGGCUCUGCUGAGCUCCACAGUCAGGAAGGAGCGGUGACUGUACGUGUGCCCUCCACGUUAAGAGUUGGAGUGGAGCUUCAUGGGACUUCAGUGGACGUCCAAGAUGAGAUUGUCGUGCAUGGACUUAAAAACACCACCGAUGGCCUCACCACACUCCGUGGUUACAUGAAUGAAGAGCCUCCAGCCGACCAGUGGAUCAAAGCUCAAGCAGAUAAGAGCUCCGUCACACUGAAGAUGCAAAGCUGGUUCGAGUCUCUGAAGUUAGGAAGCUGAAGAACACAACAGACAUUUUACUGCAGCCCCAAAGAAUGAAUCAUUGGACUUUAUGUUCAUGCAUCUACUGAAUGUCAAUAUAAACAGGUAUUUGAUGUGAAAUAUUUAUUUUUAAAAGUGCUAAAUUGAGUAUUAUCGCAUCCUUGCUCUACUGUGUAUGCUGAAAGAGUCAAAAACUGGUGAAAAAUAUGGAAAAGAAUCAAAAAGUGAAGAACACAGCUUGUAAAUAAACUUUCACAACACUUAA